GAAGAGUAUAAAACUACAUCAUUUUCCCAAGAGUGGUACAUCUAAUCAUCAAAUCACAGGCGGUUCCUCAUCUACACCUACAUCCAAGAACUAUCUGCAGAACCUGAAGAAGUGCCAUCAUGGUUCGUGUGACUCAAAUGUCAUUGCUUUUUGUUCUCGUCAUGGUUUCAUCAGCUUUUGAAAAAACCAAUGGCCAGAAAAAUGUAUUUCGUCCACGAUGUCCUGUCGGUUGGACGAAGUAUAAUGAACACUGCAUCUUCUACGUUUCCCAAGCUUUGGACUGGGCUGCUGCUGAGGCUAACUGUUUAGUUCUGGGCGCUCACCUGGUCUCAAUACACAGUGAAAGUGAAUAUCGGAUGGUGAAGGCUCUUAUCCAUGCUCACGACCCCAGUGACAAACCUACAUGGCUCGGUCUCUCCAACUGUCAGAAGAGGGAUAGCUGGUUCUGGUCUGAUGGGAGCAAAUUUGACUACAGCAAGUGGAACAAAGAGGAACCCAAUCAUUCCAAUGGAGAGUGCUGUGUGAACUUGAACUGGGAUAAUCAGAAGAACUGGAAUGACAUGCCAUGCAAUGCUGCACAUCCCUCUGUCUGCAGCAAGAAGGCGGCAUGAAACUCUGAAAGCCAAGAAAAGCAUUCUUAAAAUGUCAGACACUGUUGAUCUACAGUUUAAAUUGAUAAAAUGAUAUAAUCAUACAUUAAGCAUUAAAAAAACAUAAAAAUAAAGCAUUUUAAAAACA